AUGAACCUAGUCUCCUCCAAGUCAAAGUGUCAAACACGAGCCUUCGGAUACCUUCUCCUAUUCGCAUUUGCUCGGAAUAGUGUGCACACUUCAAAGACGAUCGCACGUCUGUACUUUGAUGUCUUUUGGUGUCCCAACCCAGAUGACGCGUCUGUGGGUAGUGCUGAUGUAGAUACACCAAAUCGUACCUUCAGACAACACCUAGCAAUGCGAUGUCGUGAGAGUGACAGUGGCGUUCCCGACAGAGCCUUCAAGGCACAAAUGUUCGUGGAAUUCAUGCCAGCCUGA